AUGGAUUUCGCCAAGGAAGUGGUUCUUCCCGCUGCUCUGUCCGAGCUUCUCUCCAGGCUCUUCUCCUUCGCGCUCGGCAACUUCCCUCGGCUAACCAGUAGGGGGGAAGCGCACCGGCGUAGGCUGGAGCGGCUCCUCCUGACCAUCGGUGGCACGGUGGAGGAGGCGGAGGGGCGGCACAUCACCAACGACCACCUCCUCUCUCAACUCAAGGAGCUCACCGAUGGCAUGUACCGUGGCCGCUUCGCCCUCGAGGAGACGGACCUCGACGUUGCCAUGGACGAUAACGACGACGUUGUCGACCGUCGACGCUCCUUUGCGCUCUGUUCGCCGUUCAACGGCGCCAAGCGUCUCCGCGUCACAGGCAUGGUCUUCGGCCGGGACAACCACGGCGACAAACUCGAGGCUGCCAUCGAGGAUCUGGAGAGCCUGACCCGCGACUGCAUGCGAGGGUUCGUGCUGCUGGUGCAGGGGUACCCACGGCGGGUGCGCCGGCCGGUGACCACCACCCUGUACAUGGACCGGUGCGUGUUCGGGCGGCACGUCGAGACGGAACGCGUGGUCAAUUUCUUGCUGCAGCCGUCCCCUGCCGGUGCUCCUCCGUACCUAAGCGUCCUCCCCAUCAUCGGCCAGAUCAAGGCCGGAAAGACCACGCUCGUCAAGCACGCCUGCGACGACGAGCGCGUGCGCGGCCGCUUCUCCGUCGUCGAGUGCUUCGAGCUGCACCAUGUCAUCAGGGAGGGCGGGCGCCCGGGCCAGACCAUGUGGGCGAGCGACGGCGCCGAGUACCUUGCCGGCGUGCGCAGCAUCCUUGGGAAGGAGAGGUUCGCCGCGCGGAGAUCGCUCCUCAUCUUCGAGGACGCGUGGCCCAUCGACUCGUCGGCGUGGAGCGCGCUCGCCGCGUCACCCACGGCCUGCACCUUGGCAGCCGGGAGCAAGCUCCUGCUCACGAGCUGCGACGCCGACCACGCGUGGCUCGGUACGGUGGAGCCCGUGGUGCUGAGCCCGCUGCCGCAGGAGGAGUACUGGUACUACUUCAAGGCGUUCGCGUUCAGCGGCAUGGACGCCGGAGACCACCCGAGGAUGGCUGCCAUGGGCAGGGAGAUGUCCCGGCAGCUGGGCGGAACGUUCUCGGGCGCGAGGACGGUGGGCACGGUGCUCAGGUCUAAAUUCGACGCCCGGUUCUGGCAGCUUCUCGUGAAAGCAUGGCCAUUUCGAGGGAUUUGGGGGCCCGGUUUUGGUGAAUGAGAAGAAUAUAAGACCAUUGCAGAUCUUUGGCAUGGACAUGAGCUCAAGUGUUCCUCUAGGAGGACCUUCUGUGAUGAGCUUAUGCUUCAAUGGUUUGAUUUGGUUAAUAUUCUGAAACUUACUUCCUUUAGUCAGAGUGAUGAUUCCUUGAUUUGACAG